AGAACCUUGUGAGCGCCGCUUUUACUCCGGGCUCUUUUGUCCUAUACGGUUGCCGUAGCGCUGACGUCACAUUUCAGCGACAAGCAACAAUGGGUCAAAGUCAGAGUGGAGGCCAUGGACCGGGAGGUGGAAAGAAGGAUGACAAGGAUAAGAAAAAGAAAUACGAGCCUCCAAUUCCCACCAGAGUUGGAAAGAGAAAGAAGAAGACUAAAGGACCUGAUGCUGCAAGCAAACUACCACUGGUAACACCUCACACCCAGUGCCGCCUGAAGCUGCUAAAACAGGAGCGCAUUAAAGACUACCUGCUGAUGGAGGAGGAGUUCAUCAGGAACCAGGAGCAGAUGAAGCCCUUAGAGGAGAAGCAGGAGGAGGAGAGGUCGAAGGUGGACGACCUGCGGGGAACCCCCAUGUCCGUCGGCACUCUGGAGGAAAUCAUAGACGACAACCACGCCAUCGUCUCCACCUCAGUGGGGUCCGAGCACUACGUCAGCAUCCUGUCCUUCGUCGAUAAAGAUCUGCUGGAGCCGGGCUGUUCGGUCCUGCUCAACCACAAGGUUCAUGCUGUGAUCGGAGUUCUGAUGGACGACACCGACCCGUUGGUGACCGUGAUGAAGGUGGAGAAAGCCCCACAGGAAACCUAUGCGGACAUAGGAGGACUGGACAACCAGAUCCAGGAAAUUAAGGAGUCGGUGGAGUUGCCCCUCACCCACCCGGAGUAUUACGAGGAGAUGGGCAUCAAACCUCCCAAAGGGGUGAUCUUAUACGGGCCCCCCGGCACAGGUAAGACGCUGCUCGCCAAGGCGGUCGCCAACCAGACAUCGGCCACAUUCCUGCGCGUUGUGGGCUCAGAAUUGAUCCAGAAGUAUCUGGGAGACGGGCCUAAGCUGGUGCGCGAGCUCUUCAGGGUGGCGGAGGAGCACGCCCCCUCCAUCGUCUUCAUCGACGAGAUCGACGCCAUCGGCACCAAGAGGUACGACUCGAACUCCGGAGGAGAGCGGGAGAUCCAGAGGACUAUGCUGGAGCUGCUCAACCAGCUGGACGGCUUCGACUCGCGGGGCGACGUGAAAGUCAUCAUGGCCACCAACCGCAUAGAAACUCUGGACCCGGCCCUCAUCAGACCCGGGAGAAUCGACCGGAAAAUCGAGUUCCCGUUGCCAGACGAGAAGACCAAAAGAAGGAUCUUCCAGAUUCAUACCAGUCGAAUGACUGUGGCUGAUGACGUCACCCUGGAUGACCUGAUUCUGGCAAAGGACGACCUAUCAGGAGCCGAUAUUAAGGCCAUCUGCACAGAGGCGGGCCUCAUGGCUCUGCGCGAGCGCCGCAUGAAAGUCACCAACGAGGAUUUCAAGAAAUCCAAGGAGAACGUCCUUUACAAGAAGCAGGAGGGCACGCCCGAGGGGCUUUACCUGUAACCCCCUUUCGUCUCCCCACACCCCCUCGAUGCAGAGUUUUGAUAUAUUUUGCGCUUGUCGUGUCUGGAAAUUCCCCUUCUGUUACCGUUAUGUGUUAAAACAGUAAAUAAACAUUCAAAUAUCUCCAA